AUGGAACAUGAGGAGCAUAUGCUUCCAUUUACAACAUGCAUUUACUUCAUUUACUCUUUGUACAUUCAACCGACUGCUGACAUAUCGGUCUACCGUUCACACAUCGCUGCUAUAAAUGCCGUCAAGAAGUGUACCACCAACUCUGAUUCGCUAUAUAUUUUUGGAGAUUUUAAUCUGAACGGUGUCAACUGGUACGAGAAUGAUGACGGUUUCGAUUUUGUACCGUUAAUUGGUGACUCCAUGUCCGUUAGAUCAAUCAUUGCUAGAGAACUUACGUCAGAGAUGGCCGACCUUGGACUGUUUCAAAUGUCAUCGUUUGCUAAUAAGAGUGGAAAUGUUCUUGACCUCGUUUACGCCGACAAUUCCGAAUUAUGUGUAGUGAGCAAAGCAGAUUUUCUUAUGUUGCCAGUAUCGAAAAGCGACGUUGACCAUGUGCCAUUGGCAUGUCUUAUAGAAUGUCAUCCCACUAUCACUUCUGAUGACGAGUCGAACACGGUGUACUGUUUCAAAAAGGCAAACUACGUUGAAAUAAAUGAACAUCUUUCUGGUACCGAUCUGCUGCAGUACUGUGAAGGUAAUGUGAAUGACUCCCUGAAAUCUUUCUAUGAUAGCAUUUACGACACUUUUUCCGAAUUUGUUCCGCGUGCCACGAUUCCCUCGUCCAACAAUCCUAAGUGGUUCAAUAAGGAUCUGAUGCAUUUGAAGAAUAUCCGGAACAAAGAGUUUAAGAAAUUAAGCACGCAACGUAAGCAGCAGCUGCUGUACGAUAUUCCAACGGUACUAGAUGACCGUAAAUUCCUACAAGCAAAAAUCGAAUUCGAAUCGAUGAGGACGGAGCUUCACAGUAAUUUCAUUCGGGAGAAAGCUCAUUGUCUUAAGUCUGAUCCCAAGUCAUUCUGGCGUCAUAUCAAUGGCAAACGCAAAUCCAAUAAUCUGCCUGCCGUGGUCGAACUUAAUGGCAAGAAGGCAUCGACGAAUGCAGAAAAGUCAAACCUCUUCGCUGAAUUCUUCCAAAGUGUAUACGUUGACUACCCGGAAGACCCGUCAUUGUUCGACUUCAUUGACAACAGAGUUGAUAGCAAUUGCUUCGGCAUCACAUCUACAGCGGAGCUGGUGCUAUUCGUGUUGCAUGGAAUGGAUGUAAACAAAGGAAGUGGUCAUGACGGAAUCUCAUCCAUAUUCCUACGCGAAUGCGCCGGAAAUCUAGCAGAGCCACUGAAUGUCAUCUUCAAUCAAUCAUUAACUGAGAAAUGUUAUCCGAAUUUGUUUAAAAUCGGACAACUGACGCCGAUUUUCAAAAAUGGACGGAAAAUGGACGUCAAGAACUACAGAGGAGUCAAUGUGAUGCCAAACCUUGCAAAAGUUUUUGAACGAGUGGUCUUCUUACAAUUGAAGCUUAUCAUUCCUCGAAACAUAUCCGCAUCUCAUCACGGAUUCGUAUCCGAUAGAAACAUUGAAUCGAACCUGAUGGAGCUGAGCGUCCUCAUACAUAAUGCCUUCCAAGAAAACGCUCAACUAGAUGAAUUCAUCGUCGACAUCAGCGAAGCCUUCGACAAAGUUGAUAAGUCGAAACUUAUUCGUAAAAUGGCCAAAUUUCCUCUUUCGAACGCCGCUUUGUUGUGGUUUUUGUCGUACCUGGUCUCAAGACUGCAAUAUGUCGUUGUGGGAUCUGAAAAGUCGGACGUUUUCACAGUUCUUUCCGGUGUGGGCCAAGGAUCCAUUCUAGGAGUCAUUGCGUUCCUGAUGUUUUUCAACGACUCUGACGUUCAACUACCCGGUAUCCACAAUCUGAACUUUGCUGACGACAAGAAAAUGACUUCAAUAAUAAAAUCUGAGGAGGAUGCGAUAAAUCUUUUUGCAGCAAUUGAUAUAUUCUUCAAAUGGUGUUGUGACAAUGGAAUGGAAAUUAAUAGAGCCAAGUCGAAAGUCAUCACAUAUACGCUCAAAAGGAAUCCCAUAAUCUACGACUACAACUUAGAUAACCAACUAAUUGAACGGACAAGCAGUAAUCUUGACUUGGGUGUUCUCCACUGUUUGGUCACCAGUCUGUGCAAGUCACCGAACCACAAUUGA